AGACUGGUGAAGUUACUGGUUGAAUUUGGAGCAAACGUAAACCAGGAUAAUGGAAGUGGAAAGAACAGUGUGAUGCUGGCAUGCUUCUCUGGACAUCUGGAUGUUGUGCAGUAUCUAAGGACACAAGGAGCAUCAUGGGAGAACCAAGAUAAGAGUGGAUGUACUGCCAUGCACUGGGCAGUUGAUGGCGGUCAUGUGAAGCUCAUUCAGUGGAUGAUUAAUGAUGGUUGUGAGGUAGAUACCAGAGACAGGCAUUUAAAAUGGACUCCACUGAUGAGAGUUUCUGCUGUAACUGGAAACACAGACAGUGCACGAUGUUUAAUCAGAGCUGGA